GCGUUGUAUCCGGGUCCAGAUGAAGGCUGGCAGGUGUACAGCUCGGCAUCGGACCCUGAUGGGAAGUGUGUGUGUACAGUGGUUGCUCCCGCUCAGAACCUCUGCAAACGAGACCCCCGCAGCCGUCAGCUACACCUACUCACAGAACAGGUGCAGAACGUGAGUCAGUCUAUGGAGGUGAUGGAUCUGAGUACGUCUAGAGACCUGCAGUACGUCAGGGAUACUGAACCACUACUGAGAGGAGUAGACGGACACAUACACACCUACACCACCAACCCACGCAGACUCACUAAGAAGGGCCUGCAGGAGUUGAAGGGUCAGAUGUCUCAGCUGCGCCCCCUGUUGUCGGUGAUUGACCAGUACAGGUUAGACCUCCAGACCCUGGCCGUGCUCCGAGCGGAGGUCCUUAACCUGUCGAUCAUCCUGACAGCCAUUCAGGAGGAGGUGGGGGCCUACGACUAUGAAGAACUACAACAGAGAGUGCUACUGCUGGAGACUAGGCUGCACGCCUGUAUGAACAAACUGGGCUGUGGGCGAUUAACAGGGGUGAGCAUCCCUAUCACUGUUAGAGCGUCAGGCUCCCGCUUUGGAUGCUGGAUGACUGACGCCAUGAUACCCAGCUCCGACAGCAGGGUGUGGUCUAUGGAUGGUACUAUAAGGGGAGGCGUGUAUUAGAGUACAGGACCAUGGGAGACUUCACUAGAGGACAGAAUUUUGUUCAGCACCUCUUACCUCACCCCUGGGCCGGGACAGGGUCAUGUUGUCUACAACGGAUCACUGUACUACAACAACACC